AACUCGUGAGGUUAGGCAAAGUGGAAGGAAAAUCUAAAAAAGGCUUCAAGACUGAAAAUCUGUAAUAAGUUAAGUUCCAAAUCCUUUAACGCAACUUUCAUUUUUGGUUUCCCAAGGGAUGGUGUUUUACUCCAUUUCAGAUGUUACGGAUAAGCUUCUUGCCCCUUCAGAAAGCCUUGAACCUGUACUCCAAGAGAACUUCUGGACUAGUAGCAUCCAGAUGGAAUGUACUGACCCUUUGAAUAAUGUUCUGGAAGAUCUUUGUCCCUCUGCUAUGGCCAUAUUCGAUUUGGCAACUACUCAGUGCAAUUUAUGGAAAACUUGCAAGCAGCUCUUAGAAACAGCAGAGAGAAAAUUGCAGAAUAGCCUUGAAAUCAAAGGCAGAAGACUUGAUUCCGUUCACCAGAACCCUUAUGGCUUGAAAGGUUUCCCAGCAGUUCUCCAGCAAAUAAGUAAAAUUAUCAACAUACCACAAGGACAGCCCAAAUCAAAAAUUUCUGAUGAGAAAAUAAGUUGUAAUUUCCACUGCAGCAUAGUGGAUUUGCUGCAGACCUGUUACCCAGAUCUCACUGCGGACUGUAUUACUAAUCAGCUUGUUUUGUCACAACGCUUGGAUGAAAUCCUGCAUAAUCUGGCACACGUAGAUAGUUUUUCAGACUCCAAGGGAAACAUGCUUGCUUCUUUGGUAGAACAAGCUAUUCUGAAACCAGCAGAAUUAGAGGCACAUCCAGUUUGCAGUCAAAUCAAACAUCUUCUAAAAAUCUUGGAUCAAUACGCUGUGACUAUGCCAGAGGGAUAUGGGCAGACUGCCUAUGUACAAAUAUUUUUUGAUUAUAUUAACAAGCUGGCCGCCAUUAUCUUUCGAAGCCUCACACCAGAAAUAGAUCAAUCUGCAGAGAUCCAAGUUGGAAAUCCAUUCAUUUUGCUCCAACAAAGUCCAUCUCAUUUGCUAUCCCAGCUUCUAUUUGAGAAACAGAUUGCUCCUGACAGGUAAGG